AUGGCAAUCGGGGACGGAUACAGCCCUGUGAUCAGCAGGCAAGUCCACAGCAAUGAGAGUACCGUCCAUGAUUUGACAGUCCACCGUGCCACUCCUGAGGACAUACUGCGUCGCCAUGAAAUACACAAAUCAAAAAACAAAGCACUGGCACAUCUGGAACUGCAAGAGAAAGCACUGAAAAGAAAAUGGAAGAAGCAAAAACAACUGGCUGCUGAUUCCUUGGAGAAAAGGAAAUUGACUCUGAUGCGUGAGAUUCUGUCUGAUCAAUACCAUUUGCAAGAUGUAUUGGAACGAUCUGAUCAGGUUAUGGCUGUGGCAAAAGACUUGUUUCGGAAUGCUCCUCGCACACGAACAGGUAGACCGUCUCGUUUAUAUGCUCUUAAUGAAGUGGAAGAGGAAGCAUUAUCAAUCUAUCAAUCAGAAGAUGGAUACCAUGACUCGCUGAAUUUCAAAUCCAACAUCGGUUCUGACAGGCUACUUCGGUUAUUGAGAGAAGAAAAUUCCUUGGUGAAUUCUCAGUUGUGGGCUGAAAAGGAUAUGAGAAAAACUACCUUAUCACAGGAAUCAAAUGUGCCUUUGACUCCAACAACUGUUUCUCCAUCAUUGGAUCAGUCAGCCCUCAAUGCUACCGGUGUAGUCAAGAGAAUCCAUUCCAGACUUCAGAAUGAAGACGACGAAGAGACUGUAGACGCCACUUACACUGUGAGACAAGUGCUGAACCUGAACUCAAGGAAACAAAAGCAAAUUGCAGCAAAAAUGAAAAGAAAACAAACUGGACAGAACUCUGCAAGACAGAGGAGAGAUGUUUCUCCAGCUAAUUCAAUCCCCAUUGACCUUCGGAGGGACAACAAAUCCAGCCUAGAUGUUCUCAACCGCAUGAUACAUGAAGUGGAGCAUGAAUUGGAGGAAUAUGAGCGAUGUACAGGUCGUGAGGUUCAAAAAACUGAGAGAAGUGAAGGCCUCACUGGGUUUACCUUGUCACUGGUGAACGCUCUCUGUCGUUUGAUGCGCUACCUCAAAGAGAGUGAAAUGCAGCUACGUGAGAAAGAGAUGAUGAGACAGCAGCAUGAGGAGAUGUUGAAUGAACACAGAGAACUGAUUGAUGCUCUGACUGCAGAAAUACUUCUAGUGAGGGAAGAAAACACUACUAUACAGAAUAAGCUUCAGCAAUACAUGACAGUAACAGAUGAACAGCUGAUCUCUCUCACACAAGCAUUUAAAGGCCUCCCUUUGGUAGAACCCAGAAGAGAACAAAGUCCAAACCAUUUUGGAAUUGCAAGCAAAGGUCCAGUGAACGGCCAAGAGAAACCUGAUUUGAGCUAUUUUGAGCCUAGGGCUGAUGCAGGCGACAGGGAAGGUAUGCUGAAAUUCCCACAGGAAGAAGUUCCUUUUAAGUUUCUCCAGAGGUCAGGCGCUUCAGGUGGCGCGGGAGCUGGUAGAAGCUUGCCAUCCCACGUUUUCCAGCCAGCUGUGCUGUUGUCACCCCCCCGGCAGAAGAGCAGUCAGGAAUUAUCUCCCCUCCAGAACGUGUUUACAGCCAUUUCUCAGUCUCCUGAAAACAGCGAAAGAGAACCAUGCAAGGAAAGGAGCUCACCUUCCUCCCUGAGAACACAGAGCACAGUUGAGGAAAACCGUCUCAUCUCUCAAAGGCAACCAAUUCCUCCUGCAGACAAAGACCUGGGGAGUUCCCGUGAGAAAGCCAAUCUGUCCUGCCCAAGUGUCACUAGAAAAAACAGCACAGCUGAAGAGUUGUUUCAAAACGGUGAUCUGCUGGGACAGAUAGCUGAGCUCACGCGGCAGAACUCUCUGAUUAAAGCGCAGCUGAGCAAAUUCAGAGGCUUGUCUGAAGACACAAGUGACCGCGUACAUCAGCCAGACCCAGUACGAAAUGCAGGUUCUAGUCCAGACUCUGCACAAGGACAGACUCAUCUCGCGGUAUCGAAGAGCUUGGAGGAAAGAAUAGCAGAGCUGAAUCGCCAGAGUACAGAAGCACGUGAUAAACUGUUGCAGCUAAUAGACCAGCAGCAAUUAGCUGCUGCCGAUAUGGUCCCUCCAAUGACAUCUGUUCUGCCCCCAUCCCUAAAUUAUACUGAAAAUGCAAGGAGGACAAUCGAAGUGUCUAUUCCCGUCGCAGUUGCUAUGGACAGCUCCAAAGAAGAUAGUGUUUCCCCUGCCAGUAUGACCAGUAUAAGAAGGUCUGUAGGAGAGAGUAGCAAACCUUGUUCACCCCUAAGUGUCACAUCAGAAAGUGUGAGAUUAACUCCUGUCAGCCAAAGGCCAAAGGUGGAAAAGCCAAAAGAAGGCGGCUGGUUUGCAUUGUCAAUGCACGUUGUGUAA